AUGUCUGCUGUCCAAACCUUCGGCAAGAAGAAGACCGCCACCGCUGUGGCUCACGUCACCCCCGGACGUGGGCUCGUCAGGCUUAACGGAUCGCCCAUCUCGAUCGUCGAGCCCCAGCUCAUGCGAUACAAGGUGUACGAGCCUAUCCUCGUUGUCGGUGCCGACAAGCUCGCCAACCUCGACAUCCGUCUGCGGGUGAAGGGUGGUGGACACGUUUCUCAGCUCUACGCUCUCCGUCAGGCUAUCGCCAAGGGCAUCGUCGCUUUCUACGCCAAGAACGAGGAUGCCGCCUCCGCCCUCGAAUUGAAGAAGACCCUCAUCGCCUACGACCGUUCACUCCUCGUUGCUGACCCCCGUCGUAUGGAGCCCAAGAAGUUCGGUGGUCGUGGAGCGCGUUCGAGGAGGCAGAAGUCUUACCGUUAA